AUGGCUGAAAUUAUUGGCGCCGUAGCCAGUGGUAUGAGCAUUGCGGCUUUCGCGGGUCAGAUAGCUUCAAGUGUCUUGAAACUCAAAUCAUACAUCGACCAGGUCAAAGACGCGCCUGAGGAUAUCAGGAUCAUGGUGGAGGAAAUCGAGGAUCUCCAACUCUUACUUUCCGAUAUUGAGGACGACCAAGCACGAUAUCCUCACUCGGAAAUACUUGCUGGAAGCAAGUCACUUUCACGAUGUUUGAACAACUGCAAACGAGGCGUUGACCGAUUGCAGCGUCUUGUUGAUGAGAUAGCUCUCGAUUUCAAGAGUGCUAAGUCACUCAGACACAAAACCGUAUCGGUGAAGUUUGUUUGGAAGAAGGAUAAGCUUGUGAGGUAUAGAGCUGAGCUUGCCGCUACUGUGAGGCUUCUAAACCCUUCUUAUCAGAUAUAUACAAAGUACGAUAAGUUAUCAUUCCUUUAAUAUUAAACGCUUUCUUCAAACAUCCUUGGACACUAUGGGCUAAGCUCUACUUCCAGGUCUCUGAUACAAGUUCAGCCUGAAAUCAUUACAUCGCAAAUGGCUCAAAUAGUUCAACCAUUUCGACGAGUACCUCGGAGAAUCUUGUACUAGUUUCUGGUGGUAAUUCAGAGAAUAAUCCGUUACCUAAUAACACAAGAAUGCGCGCAAACUCUUCUUCGACAGCAAAAGGUCACUUUACUUCGCGCUGGAAGAAUUAUUCUUUACUCUUAGGUCAUGCUUGGGACUUGGCGAUUAUGAAAUCCUGUCAAGAAUGGAACUUUACCAUGUCUAUGUAUGCUGUCGUAUCUCGCGACUCUCGAGUGGUUAGGUUUGCAGAGGAAGGGAAUAUUGCAGGUCUUCAAAAUCUUUUCUCUGAGGGCAAGGCUACCCCUUUCACGACUUGUUGUGAAUAUUACGAAACGACCCCACUUGGGCUGUUACUGUUGCCAUCAACGAAAUCCUUAUUAGAGGCAGGUCAAUUCAAUCUUCUAGCAUUUAUUGAGGUCUGA